GUUGACAUGAUCACGGAAGUGUGUCGCAUGAGAUGUCUUACGGUUUCCCUUUCACUCAGCGAGCCGGUCCUCUGGGUUUGCGCUAAGCUGCUUGGAUCGCGUCCGUGGCACCGGUCCCGCCGUUUAUGAAGUGGCCGCGGUGCAAACCCUGAGGACAAGCGAGGGGGACACGCGUUAAGGCCCCGGUAGCGAUGACAGAGAAAGGCGGCGUCCCGGUAGCUCGGGCGGUGCUGCAGCAGUGUCUGCGGGCCAGGCUGCAGGUGAAACCCGCUGAGGGACAGUCGGAGGCUGAGUUCGUCCAGAUCGACAGAGGAAUGGUGAUCUACAUCUGUUUCUUCAAAGGAGCCACAGACGACAUCCUGCCCAAGAUGGUGUCCACUCUGUUGAACGUGCGGCUGUGUGAGUCCGACUCGGGGAAGCUGGUGUCGGUGCUGGAGCUUCCCGGGAGCCUGCUGAUCGUCCCUCAGGCCACGCUGGGCGGGAAGGCCAAAGGCAGGGCCAUGCAGUACCACAACAACAUCGGCAAGGAGGACGGGCUGCGGCUGUACGGCACCUUUGUGUCUCUGUGUGAGAGGGAACUCGCCGCCGCCGCCGGGAGCGGGGCUGAAGUGACGGUGAAACACGGGACGUAUGGAAACAGACAAGUGCUGAAACUCGACACCAAUGGGCCAUACACACAUCUGAUGGAGUUCUGAACUGGUGGGAAAGUAGAGAUAAAACUUUGAGUUUAGCUCACACAUCUAUUUCCACUGUUGAGGUUGAAAGUUGCCUGUUAAUUAAUGUCUAAAUAUCUACCAACAAGGCUAGAGACAGUCUCUGGUGUUUUCUAAGACUAAUGCAUUGAUAUUUUUGAUUAAAAACAAAUGA